CGUUUUUUCAGCAACCUUCCCCCGUCCUGCGCUCUUCAAACCUUUCCCAGUCUCUUGUCUCUUCUUCAGCGUUCACAUAUUCUGCCCCCAUUAUCGGUAUUUCAAAAGGCCAAUUUGCACAGACACAGCGGGAAUCACCCAAAACGGAAACGAUGGAUGUUUCAGCCCUUCGUGAGUGCACUCUGUCAGCGCUCGACGCGAACGCGGACAUUCGACGACAGGCUGAGAUACAACUGAAACAGGCGGAAUCAUCCCCUGGGUUUAUCGGUGCACUGUUGGAUAUCGUAGCGUCGGACCCUGAGCUACAAGUUCGCCUUUCCGCUGUGCUAUACCUUAAAAACAAAGUCGUCCGGUCAUGGGAGUUUAAUGAAGACUUUCCAAAGAAUCCACAGAUUCCCGAGAGGGAAAAGGCAGGAUUUCGUGACCGUCUUGUCCCUACGCUCGCAUCAUCGGCGCCCCAAGUACGGCAGCAACUUAUGCCUCUGAUUGGGAAGGUUCUUCACUUCGACUUUCCCGAGAAGUGGCCCGGCUACAUGGACAUCACCCUUCAACUUCUGGGUUCGGGUGAUAUCGCGUCUGUCUUUGCCGGGGUACAAUGUCUACUCUCCCUUUGUCGUGUUUACCGGUUUAAGCAGGCCAACGAUAAACGGGAAGAGCUGGACCGUGUCACACAAGCCACAUUCCCCACUCUCCUAUCUCUCGGGAACAGAUUGGUAGAGGAGACUAGCUCGGAUGCGGGUGAUAUGCUCAAGAUGAUUAUCAAAACCUACAAGCAUGUUGUUUACUUCGAACUAGCAGCUCAUUUACGGGAGGAAUCAUCCAUUGUGGCUUGGGCGACACUCUUCCUUAAGGUGGUUGGCAAGCAAGCACCACCGGAAUCCAUGCCAGAUGAUCUCGAAGAGAGAGAGAUUCACCCGUGGUGGAAAGCGAAGAAGUGGGCAUACUCAAAUCUUAACCGAUUAUUUGUCAGAUACGGCAAUCCUACCAGUCUGGCGGCGGCAAACUCUGGGGAUUAUGAGAAAUUUUCCAAGCAUUUUAUCCAUCACUUCGCCCCCGAGAUUUUGAAGGUCUAUCUGCAGCAGGUUGAAUUGUGGGUUUCCAAACAGGCGUGGUUGAGCAAAAUAUGCCUGUCAAGUACAAUCGCUUUCUUAGAUGAGUGUAUCAAACCAUCCGCCACGUGGAAGCACCUAAAUCCCCAUAUCGGAAACUUAAUCUCGCAUGUGUUGUUCCCCCUACUGUGCCAAUCGGAUGGAGACCUCGAAAUGUUUGAAUCCGACCCAGCAGAGUACUUGACUCGCAAAAUCAACUUUUACGAAGAAAUAUCAGCGCCAGAUGUUGCUGCCACCAAUUUCUUGAUUACUCUUAGCAAGUGUCGACGAAAACAGACUUUUACAGUUAUCAACUUUAUUAACGAUGUUGUUAAUCGGUAUGAGGCAGCUCCGGAUAAUGAGAAGAACUAUCGAGAGAAGGAAGGCGCUUUGAGAAUGAUAGGAACACUCUCUGCAAUCAUCCUUGGUAAGGGUAGUCCAAUUGCGGACCAAGUCGAAUAUUUCUUUGUUCGUCAUGUUUUCCCGGAGUUCCGAAGUCCGCACGGGUUCCUGCGGGCACGUGCUUGUGAUGUACUUGAGAAAUUUUCGGACCUUGAUUUCAAGGAUGAGAAUAAUGUUGUCCUUGUCUAUCAGAACAUCUUACAAUGCCUUGACGACUCCGAGCUUCCUGUUAGGGUGGAGGCUGCGUUAGCCUUACAGCCCCUGAUCAGACAUGAUUUCAUUAGGAAGUCUAUGCAACAGAAUAUUGCGGAUAUUAUGCAGAAAUUGCUGAAGUUGGCCAAUGAGGUCGAUGUAGAUGCCUUGUCAAACGUUAUGGAAGAAUUUGUUGAGGUAUUUGCGUCGGAGUUGACACCGUUUGCUGUACAACUCACCGAGCAACUGAGAGAUACCUAUCUCCGUAUAGUCCAGGAUGUUAUUGAUAAGGGUGCAAAUUCACUUGAUGAUGAUGCCGACAACUAUCUAGAUGACAAGAGCAUUACAGCCUUGGGCGUUUUGCAGACAAUUGGGACCCUUAUUUUAACACUGGAAAGUAACCCUAGUGUUCUCCUACUCCUUGAGCAAAUACUCGUCCCCGUUAUUACCAUCACCUUGGAACAUAAAUUAUUUGAUUUAUAUAAUGAGGUGUUCGAAAUCAUUGACAGCUGUACCUUCGCUGCUAAGGCAAUCUCGAAUACUAUGUGGGCGGUUUUUGAACUCAUUCAUAAAUCAUUCAAAGACCGGGGAGAAAUUUAUAUUGAGGAAAUGCUCCCCGCCCUCGACAAUUAUGUCUCGUACGGCGCGGGUACGCUGAAGGAAAAUCCUGCCUUGUUAGACGCUGUGUUUGACAUCAUUCGAACUAUCUUCACAAAUGAGCGCCUAGGAGCCAUGGAUCGCAUUUGCGGAUGCAAGCUCGCUGAGGCUGUACUUCUCAACCUCCGAGGCCAUGCCGAUCAGUAUCUUCCUCGAUUUGUUGAGAUCGCAAUGACAUGUCUCAACGCCCCGGGAGACAUCAAAUCAUAUAGGAUUCACUUGAUGGAAAUGGUCAUCAAUUGCAUAUACUAUAACCCCUCGGUUACGUUACAAAUUCUUGAGCAGCACGGCUGGACGAACAAAUUCUUUAGUUUGUGGUUCUCAAACAUUGAGAACUUUAAUCGGGUUCACGACAAGAAGUUGUCCAUUGUGGCAAUCGUUGCAUUAAUACAACUACCUGCUGAGCAUGUUCCUCAAAGUAUUCAGCCCGGGUGGCCCAAGCUUAUGCAAGGGAUUGUUCAAUUAUUCCAGACUCUACCCGUCGCAAUGAAGAAUCGUGAGGAAAUUCAGAAGGAGGGGUUGACCAUAGAUGAUACAUAUGACACAGAGAGCGAUACGGAAUGGGAAGGUGAGGCUACCUGGAGUGCCGAUGCAGAUGAAGGCGACGAGGCGGAUAUUCCCGAUGAGAGCAGUGCAUAUAUGGACUUCCUGAACAGCGAGGCCCAGGCUCGUGGAGGAAGUUCGGGCCUAGCUACUGCAUGGGCUGAUGAGGAGGAAGACCUUGAGGAGGAGACAUUGUUGGAGACUCCUCUUGACCAUGUCGAGCCUUAUAUGCUUUUCCGUAGCGCCUUGAUGGAUCUUCAAAAUACGCAACCUCAUAUCUACGAAGGCCUUACUAAAGCUCUUAGCGAAGAUGAUAGGAACGUCAUUAAGGGCGUGAUCAUGGAAGCGGAAGCUAAAUCCCGCGCUAGUGAGGCGACUGCAGCAGCUCUGGGGGUAAAAAAUGGCAGCAAUUAGGAUUUUGCCAGGGUCUUGACGUUUUUAUGCAAUGGAUCUUAAAUUUAAUGCCUUUGUUCAUUUGUCCGUGGUGUCGGUAAAAAAAAAGCCGGGUUCGGGUUCGGGUACUGUCCUAUUUAUUUUUCUUACAACCUUCAAGGGGUCUUUUUUCUCAACUCUCACCACUUGCUUUUCCGUCAAGGGUUUUCUCUGUUUAUUCCCCCUUUCCCUUUUCCCCUUUCCCCUAUACUCCCUUUUCCAUUGCUUUCGUUUUUUCCUUUUCUUCCCAUGCACCAGAAUUAGAAAGUUAAAUGUCUUGA